GACGUUUGUAUCGGGUCAGAGACAGACAAGACAGACAGACACUGCAGCAACCGCCGUCAUCGCAUUCGCAUUCCCUAAACUCUCCUAAAGAACGAGUACAACCCGAGCCUCGCACGCACUCUUCCCACUCGCUCAUUCUCACUCGCCUCAUCGCAUCAUGUCGGUCGCCCGCACCAUCCUUAGGGCUCUCCCUAGGCACGCCGUGCGCCGAACGGCGCUCGCCUCACCGUCGUCGCUUUUGAUGCACCGCGCGCCGACUCUCGCCACUACCAACGUUCGCCACGGCUCCUCCAUUCCGCCCCGAACCGAGUCAUUCACAACGGUCACCAAGGAUCAUGUCGCCCACUUGCGUUCUCUCCUCAGCUCGGAAACGUCCCUCCUCUCCACCCUGGACGGAUCAGCUACCACCGAUGAGCUCGUUACAUACAACGACGACUGGAUGAACAAGUACCACGGCAAGAGCCAGGUCGUUGUUCGCCCCAAGACGACCGAGGAGGUCUCCAAGGUCCUGAAGUACUGCUAUGACGAGGGAAUCGCCGUUGUUCCCCAGGGCGGUAACACCGGUCUUGUUGGUGGCGGAGUGCCGGUCCACGACGAGGUCGUUAUUCAGCUUGGCAACUUGAACAAGAUUCGCUCGUUUGACCCAGUGUCUGGCGUUUUCGUGGCGGAUGCAGGUGUUGUCCUCGAGGUUGCCGACAACUACCUCGCCGAGCAGGGCUUCAUCUUCCCUCUUGACCUCGGCGCCAAGGGCUCCUGCCAGAUCGGUGGAAAUGUUGCCACGAACGCUGGUGGCCUCCGACUCCUUCGCUACGGAAGUCUCCACGGCACUGUUCUCGGACUGGAGGUUGUCCUGCCCGACGGAACUGUCUACAACCACCUCAGCAAGCUGAGGAAAGACAACACUGGUUUCGACCUGAAGCAGCUCUUCAUCGGCUCCGAAGGCAGCCUGGGAAUCAUUACGGCCAUCUCCAUUCUUUGUCCUCGCCGCCCCAAGGCCAUGAACGUUGCCGUCUUCUCUGUUCCGUCGUACGAGGCGGUUCAAAAGGUCUUUGCCGAGGCCAAGGACCACCUUGGCGAGAUUCUGUCUGCGUUCGAAUUCUGGGACAAGCAGGCGUACUCGGUUGUUCGUAAGCACCAGGAGGAGCUCGGAGGCGAACGCAAGGUCUUCGAAACAGAGGGAGACUUCUACUGUCUCAUCGAAACUGGAGGCAGCAAUGCUGAGCACGACGAGGAGAAACUGGGCGGCCUGUUGGAACACCUCAUCACCAACGAGAUCGUUCUGGACGGCGUUCUCGCGCAGGACACCACCCAGUUCAGCUCGCUUUGGUCUCUUCGCGAGGGCAUUCCCGAGGCAUGUGGCAAGGCUGGACCGGUCUACAAGUACGAUCUCUCCAUCCCUGUCGGCGAGAUGUACGAAGUUGUCGAGACGAUGCGCACUCGUCUGAGGGAGCGCGGCCUUCUUGUUGGUGACGGCAACCCUGAAGGUCCCAUUCGGGCGAUGGUGGGCUACGGUCACAUGGGCGAUGGUAAUGUCCACAUCAACAUCGUGGCGAACAAGUACGCCGAGGAGAUCGAGAACGCCAUCGAGCCUUACGUGUACGAAGUUGUUUCUGCGAAGAGUGGAUCUAUCUCUGCUGAGCACGGUCUUGGUGUCAUGAAGGCACCACACAUUCACUACUCUCAGUCGGAUGUGGGCAUUGGACUCAUGCACCAAAUCAAGAAGCUCUUCGACCCCAAGGGCCUGCUUAACCCGUACAAGUACAUUGUGUAGAGUGUGAUGAGCAUUUGAUGACUGCUGGGCUUCCCAAAGCUGCCUGCUCGCAUGUUGUCUAAAGUAAUAUCAUUAGCGCAUGGCCGUCUACCAUUUAUCAAGGACCAGAGGAUGGGAAAUAGUAGGGGAGGUUAUCAGCUCCAGGCAUCAGCCACGAGAAGUCGCCGAAACUCCCUUGGGGAAGGUCGCUGUUGAAGAUGGAUAGGG